AUGGAGAGCCCUGAAGAACAGAUUGACCAGGUAUUGAGACUUUUUUAUAAGACCAGGGAGAACACAGCAUCUGAUGCUGUGGAUGACGGCAGCGUCAAUAUUGACAUGAACCUGGCAUACUAUCAACGGCUCGUCGAACUCCUGGAUGGUCUAGAGUCACUGGAAAUAAGGAACGUGUCAUCUAAUGACGAGGGUGCCAACGCGCUGGCCAGGGCGUUGAACAGCAACAAAUUGCGGCUGACCUCCCUGUCAUUGGUCGGCAAUGCCUUUGGGCCUGUGGGUGCAGUGGCUCUAGCAACAGCAGUUGGCCAGGUGACAGGGCUGAGGUCUCUGACUCUGGUAAUGUCAGAUAUACCCCAGGAAGAUAUUCACUAUGACACCGACUACACCAACUGUUUCAAGGCUCUUGCUAAAGCACUUGCGACUGUGACGGGACUUACCUCCCUGACUUUAUCGACUGAUAGGAUCAGGGAGCAGGGGGUUGAAGCACUUGUUGGGGCAUUGCAUUGUGUACCAGCACUAGCAACACUGAAUCUGGGCAAUAUCAUGAUUGGGUUCAAGAACACCCAAGCCUUUGCCAGGGCACUGGGCAAGGAGCAGUACGGGGCCAUGCAGCGGCUUUUCUUUACUGCUGACCACUGUAUCUACGUUCUGGUGGUUGAUCUUAGUGAGGAAGGAGCUCCCAAGGCGACCAUCAAGGAGCGACUUGACUCCAUACAAGCCGUUGCUCCUGGAUAA